AUGGAGAAGGCUGUGGAGGAGCUCCCGCCGGCCAAGCGUACGCGCAAGAACAACAAGCGCUCAGCCAAGCGCUUCCUGUGGCAUGAGGACCUGCACUUGCGCUUCGUCGCGGCUAUUUUCGAUCGUAAGUUGAAAUUGGCAUCGGACCCAGACUCGGCGCUCACGACGGAGCACCUCAAGUCUCAUCUGCAGAAGUACCGCAUCAACUACGAGCGCUCGCGU